AUGGCAAUGCCCGCUUGUUUGCUUUCAAUCAAUCUCGUCGCCGGAGCCGAUACAACUCGAUCUAGAAUUGUAGCUCGUGCAUGGUCCGACCCGGAGCUCGAGAUAGAGAGAGUACAGGACGUCCGCGACGCUGAGCGCUCCUCCCAAAAUCGUGCACAGAGCGAGCGCAGCAGGCAUGCCGAUGUAUCCAUCGCUACUCACGCAGGCCUGCAUGGUGUGGACGGUGUGCUCUUGGGGCAAGAUCUCGGAGACUUGACGAGGGCCAUACAUUCACGGCCCUACAACCAAGCAAGCAACACGCGAACGCGUCUAGCAAUCCUGGCGGUCGAUGCGUCAGAUGCCAAGUAUCAGUGUCUCUUCUGUCAGAGGGGCAGGACAGCCGUAGCCAUCACAUUCUUGUCCACGGCGGAGGGCUCAGUGUUGAUACAAGCUGAGCGAGAGGAGAAGGGGCACUCAGUACUGAUGCAAGCUGAGCAAGAGGAGAAAGAUCAGCAGGUCUCGGCUGGGAAAACGAAAUUGCGAGGGAUGUUCAUGGUCACAGCUACAUCUGUGGUGGAUCAGCUCAAGUCCCGACGCCUCAACGAGCGAGUUGACAUUGGCCCAGUCUCAUCGGUAAAUCCCUCAAGUCCAGCAGAACUAGUCGCUACGGUACUGACAGGCGCGGGGCAAAGGUGGGAUGUAGAGCGAUGGAGGGAAGACUUACUGCUCGAAACCAUCCUCGGGAGCUUCGAAGUGCACGGCGACAGCACAGGCGAGAGGGGGCAGCGGCGGGCGAGUGUGGUGGCGAGGAAGAGGGGACUCACUGCUCGGAGAUAUCGCGGACCGGGAGUGGAAGGGGAGUGCAAAGAGAAACAGCGAAGCGGGGAAGGGCUCUACUGA